AUGAAAUUGUCUAUUAUAAUUCCUGCUAGUAUACUUUCAAUUGUGGCACUGGUUGAAGCUGACUCAGACCCCUUUGGCAUGAUUGCCAUCAGGUCAGGUUCUGAUUUGCAAUACGCCAGCGUUUUCGCUCAAAAUAGUACACUUUAUUUUGGCCAUGUUGCAAACUCUUCCUUUUCUGGGAUAGUUACAGAUUGUGGUCAAUUGAAACUCUCUGACGAUAGCUAUGUCUCUAUUGCUAAUAGCGGUGAACUGCAAGAAGUAAAAGGGUCUGCGUCGGCAACAGAUGGAUUUGCUAUUCAAGACGGUCACUUAACAUUCAAGAGCGGCCAAGAGAUAUUCUACGCGAUUCCCCAAAGCCCCUCAGCUUAUCUGGUAUCAGCUCAAAAUCAUGGUAACGAAUCACUAGGAGUUAUCAUUAGAGCUCAAGGUUUUUCUGGCAGCGUUGUGAGCGAUUUCUAUCCAACCAAAAACUGUUCUGUACCAACGGGCAGUCAUACAAACUACUCAAACAACACUUCUCCCAAGCAACCAAGCUCAACAAACCCAGUGGUCAAUGUGCAGAACCAGGCUGGCAUAGUCGAUAUUUUCAGCAGCUUUGGUUUAGGCUGCGGUGCUAUUGUUGGUAUUGUUGCAUUGCUCAUUUGA